AUGCCCUUUAUUCAGUCCAGCUUAGAUGGUACGGCUUUGCACUACGUUGACUAUAAACCUACCUCAAGCCGCCCCCGUUUUCAGCCAACAGACACUCCGGCCAGGGACUGUAGCAACAGUGGCCAAACGCUCGUCUUCAUCCAUGGGUGGCCAAUGUCCCAUCAGAUGUACGAGCAUUUGAUGGUACCACUCUGCGAGACGUAUGGCAUUCGGUGUAUUGCAUCCGACCGAAGAGGCUUUGGCAAAAGCGAGUGGAACACCAGCCGCAGUAGGGACAUCACUUACGACACCUUUGCGCAAGAUACCAUUGACUUGAUCGAUCAUGUCAAGGUCGGCAAAUUCUUCUUCGUUGCGAGCAGCAUGGGAUGCGGAGAAUCGCUUUUGGCCUACCUCCAGAUGCGAGAAGACCUGCAGAAGGAAUGUCAGGGACUGAUAUGGCUGGGUCCCAGUCUUCCGUUCCCGCUGAAGACAGACACAAAUCCCAUGGCGCCGUCUCGAGAGUUGUGGGAUAGCAUCUUGACCGGUAUCCGCCAGGACCGCCCAGGUUUCACCAGGACCGCACUCCCGGGCGUGUUUGGCGUUCCCUCCAACAUCGGCAUCGAGGUCCCAGAGGCAGUUCUGCAAAGGUUCGAAUGGAUCAUUGCACAAGCCGACGCUCUCGCUAUUGAGAUCUGCAUCCAAAUCAUCGCACAUAGAGAUUUCACCGACGAACUCAAGAGACUGGAUAGAAAGGACGUGAGAGUUCUCGUUAUCCACGGAGACAGUGACCAGGGUUGUCCCGCUGAAGCCCAUGCGAACCUCAUUCCGAAGCUCGCAAAGCAAGCCCAAGUCAAAAUCUACGAAAAGGCGGCGCACGGCAUGUACCUCACGCAUGCACAUCAGGUCACCGAGGACAUCCUCUCCUUCGUACUCGGACUCUGA